AUGGCUGAAGAAUUGGUUUCGGGUGGUACUGGCCCUCCUUCCGGAGGCCUGGACAUCGGAGAGUACCCCGAAACCUUUCCUGAUGUAUCAACGAAGCUUACUCUUCCUGUUCGUAGCGAAGAAUGGUUAAACGCCUUGCAAAAGACCUUCUUCCACCAGGCUUGGGCUUUCAUUGAUAUCAACGAACUUUACCCCGUUCUCAUGCUUGAAGUCGCAGUAGAAGCACUCUCCAUGCCCAGUCGAGUGCUUGUCAGCCAUGGCCAAAUAACACGUUAUAGAUUAAGUAACUUUGGAUCGAUUUCAAGACAUUUCCAGCUUCUUUCGCUACUCACAAGAAGACUUCUUCUAUACACGGAGAACGUGACCGGUAAACCGACAUUCUUGCAUGUUCAUUGUCACAUCAGAGUACGUUAUCCCGUCAACGACGAUUCAAGAGAUGGCCCUAACCAACCGAAGGACGAAUCACAGAAAUUUGAAGAACAGUGCUUUUAUUGCAACGACGCUGAUGUAGCCUACGCUAUUAAGGCGAUUGAGGCAUAUGAGGCAAUUAGUGCCAUCGGCCCUGAGCCGAGCGACUCUGCCAAUCCUGAGGACUCUGCCCGUCUAGAGGCGAUAAACUCUGCCACCCCUCAGUCGAGCGUCUCUACCCCUCCUGAGCCGAGCGAGCCUCCCCUUCCUGAGGUGACAAACUCGACCAUUCCUCAGUCGAAAGUCUCUGCCACUCCCGGGCCGACCAAAGUCGUCUAUUCUGAGGUGAGAAAUGCUUUCUCUACUUCCACCACGCAUAUGGGCAUUCCGGUACAGGGAAACAUUGAUUCGGACACUCUGGUGAAAGAGACUAUGGCUACGAAGUUCUAUCGCGUCAUUUCCGAGCCUCCAUAUUUCCGAGUCACCUUUCUACCAGGUCUAAUACCGCUCGAACGCAUACGGUUCAGUUUGAUCAGCGAAAAGAUCGCCCAAUGGGUGUCCAGUAAUUCCAUUCUUCUACUUUUUUACGGAUGA